UGAGAUGUAAUCCAACAAGUGCAGGCGAGGAAAAGCGUCAGAGGCUGUGGAUUGAAGAGGUUUAUGUAGCCCUCGUUCAUCUGUUUGUCCAUUAUGGUUCUAUGUUCAUUCAGGUAAUAAACAGGUGUCGAUGAUGAGGGCAGUCGGACUUAUUUUGCUCUACUGUCUCGCUGCACAGGUGACAUCACAAGAAAUUGAAGUGGAGUGUCACGAAUCUGUUUCCUCAGAGUUCCCUUCCUACCAUGACACCUGUCCGUCUUUACUGGUGGACCUGAAAGUGGUGCGAGUGACUGAUGGAGAAAGAAAAGUGAACAUAAGCUGGGCAAUCAACAUUGAUGCUAGUAUUGAAUAUCUGGAAGGCACCCGGAUAGUGAUUGACGGGGGAUACGCGUACAUCUGUGAAUACAAACCAGCUCUGGCAAAGGCAGACCUCCGUGGAUUGCAGCAGAAACAAUUUUAUUAUUUAGUAAAUGCACCCUGCGGCUCAAUCCUCAUCCAAGGUGCCAAUCUGCCAGUGACUCAAGCGGAAAGCGGCCUCGCAUAUAAGUAUGACAUAAUCGAAAUACCAUGUGUUACCCCAAACCCGUCCAUCACAGUUACUAACCCAAAACCUAUCACAGUUACUACUCCAAAACCUAUCACAGUUACUACAGAAUUAAAAGAACCCGUCCCUGGUAAUGUCUAUUUCAUAAUUAGUAAAGAGUUAAAAGACCCUGUCCCUGGUAUGGUCGACUUCACCAGCAUAGCCUCGGCCAUCUUUGGAGGACUGGCCGGUUUGAUGACCCUGGGUUCCUGCUAUAUAUUAUAUACAAGAUAUGGAGCAAACGUCGCCACGUCAUUGGGUUUCAAAAAGUUGCCUGCACCUCCCAUGGCCCUCGUGCCCAUCCUCGUGGUGUACCCUGCUGAGGAUCCAGCUUUCCAGGGGGCCGUGGUGGCCUUGGUUGAGUUCCUGCACUCGUACGGCGGAUGCAGCGUGGCCGUAGACAUGUGGCAACAAAGGAAGAUCGCAGAGCUGGGCCCAAUGCGCUGGUUGGUAGAAAAAGUCAAGACAGCACAAAGAGUCCUCAUUGUCUUCCCAAAGUCCUCUUCAAGACGCAGCCGCUGUCCUCCCGAUCACACCUUCCCAGAGCCUUCGAUCCCAGCUUCAGCUCUUGACCUUUACCCCCUAAUUCUCAACAUGGUGGCGGGCCACGCAAAGAGUUCCAGAGAACUGGCUAAGUUCUGCGUCGUGCAGCUGAGCGAGGAGCAGGACCCCAGGCCUUCCAACCUCACCCCUGAACUAAGGGCCUGCAAGCGUUUUUGUUUGAUGAAGGACUUGACCAAGCUGUGCAGAAGUCUUCACAGCACGGAUCGGGAUGAAAAGAAGAUAUCUGAUUUAAUCUUCAGACCGAGGAUCGUCUACAGGGAAAACUGUACAGCGAAGUUAAGGGAAGCUAUAAAAAAAAUCGGAGGACACCAGCCAAAUAUUUCCAGAGAGGCAGAACCAUUGAAAUCUGUGGUUACCAUUAUUUGAAGAUGAGUUUGAGGAUGGGUCAGAAUAGUUUAUAUAUAAUAUAUAAUAGUAUAUAAUAUAAUAGUUUAAGAGUUUUUAUUACGCUUUCUACAGUGCAUUUUAGUGUAUCAAUUGUAUUUCAGCAUAGUCCUUUGAUUAUUUUGCUAACUGAAACACAGGCUUGAUUAAUUUGUUUGAGUUUUCCAGUACUGCAUAUUGUAAGAAGUUACUCUAUUUUGUAAUAACGCCAUUUUUGGUUUUCACCUCAAACAUGCUGGGUUAGUGUAUCAUCCGGCAUCAUUGUCAUUUUGUAAAAAUUAAAAGAGGAUGAAUACUGUCAAUUUCCCUCUUCUUUGUUUGUGUAAUAGAUUUAAGAAAUAAUGCAUUUAUUAUCUGUAUUUAAUUUGAAAUUAUUAAAUUGUCUCGCAUUAACGAAAGAGGUGGCUACAGGACAGACCUGCAUCGUCUGAGCCUGAACGGGAUUAAUACACGGUUCAUACCCAUGUGUCAGGGAAGGGAUGAAUGAACAAUCCUAUGCCAAAAAUGCCAAGGGGCCCAUAAGACCAGGGGCUUUGUUAAAAGUGUCGCUGAGCAAUUUGUUUUUGUUGUUUUUGUUAUUUUUGCAUUUCCAUGGGAUGCGUUACGCAAACUUAUGUACAAACGAUUACCUCGCCAGGAUUUGUAGUCAGUGUGCUGUGGACAAGUCUUUACCGCAUCUUUGCUCUACAACCACACUGACAUCUCAAUUAAGCAUGUUUUGGGGUCUCUGUCUUUAAAUGAAAUGAAUGUUUACAUUCCAAGCUAAACAGUGCUGUUAGUCUACUGCUUUCCCUCGUCACAACCCUAGUGGCUGGUUAUUAACAAACGU